AUGAUUCCUGGGGUAACCCAGCUUGUGAUGAUAUGCCGCACGUCCCCCGUUGGGGCCUUACUCAGGGCUCUCGGAUGACUGACUUGCAGAACUGUCAUGAGUUUUUCUCUUUGUCUCUUCCGCCUGCAGAGAGAAUGUUUCAGAAAAACCGCAGCCGCUUUGCUCUUUUAGACGAUCAUGUUAGGGUUGGGGUUAACUUUUUUGCCACUUCUCAGGAGAUUCUUCGCGAAUGGCGAUCUAUGGGAGAAGAAACUCUGGAGUUUGAAUAGGCUAAGAAGGCGUUUUCUGAAGAGAGAGAGAAAUUUAACACAGAGCAAAAAGGUUUGCAAUGGCGGGUUGCUGAUGCUGAGCGGAAGCUUGAAGAGCAGAAAUAGUUAAACGAGCAAAAACAAAAGGAUUGGGAGUCGGCAUGUGCUCGUACGAACGCGGAGAUGCAGUCGCAGCGUGAUGCUAUUGUACGGCUGUCUGGUGAGAAGACGGUCCUUGCGGAUGAGGCUCAUCAGGCGCGUCUUGCUGCGGAGAAGAAAGAAAAAGAAUACAUUGCGCGGAUCGAUAAGCUGGAGCUUCUUGCACAGGAGAAGGCUGCGGAGUGUGAAACUGUUCAGCGCCUUCUUGAUGAGAAGGCGGCUGAGUGUCGUGCUUCUGAGCUUCUUGCUGAGGAGGCCUCAGCUGAUAGUAGGUGGUUGCUUUCUCGCGGCGUUCCUUUGCUUGCUGAUCGUAUCUUACAUUCUGAUGAACUUGCGCGCUAUAUGUUUGAAUUGGGUAAGGCAGGGUAUAAUAGUGGACGCAAGUUUGGGUAUGCUGAAGGUAAGCUUGCGGCGGUGAACAAUGAGAAGGAUUUUCACUUCGAGCUGUAUAAGGAGGAUUGUGAUGCUACUUAUGCUGCGAAGCGAAAAGAGUUCUCGACGCUUGAUUUAGCUGUUGUUCGGGCCUCUGGGAAGUUGGCUCACAAAGCGAAUGGGGUGGCUUUGUUGAAAAAGGCCUUGGGAGAAGAUGGCGAUGAUGCUGCUGGAGGUGCUGGCUCCAGCCAUGCGUGA